GCGCCUCAGAACGCGGAAGUGUCGUCGAUCCGUCAAUGGUGGAUUGUGGAAGUGCGGCUGUUGAAAAUGCGGUGUCGGCAUGUGUGAACGAGACAUGGUGCCAGAACAUGGGAAGCAGCAGAAACACUCGUCGCAGUCUAAUAGCGAGGGCGACGUGGACGGAUCGUAUGUGUUUGAGGCUAAAGAGGCCUGGAAGGAUUUCCACAACUCCCUCAGACAGUUUUACGAGAACGGAGAGCUGUGUGACGUCACUCUGAAGGUCGGAAACAGACUGAUACCAUGUCACAAACUGGUUCUGGCCUGCGUGGUGCCGUACUUUCGUGCCAUGUUCCUCUCAGAUAUGGCCGAGGCCAAUCAGGACUUGAUUGAGAUACGAGAUUUCGACGCCGAUGCCAUCCAGGACCUGGUGUGUUUCGCGUACUCCUCGCGGCUGACGCUGACGGUGGAUAACGUUCAGCCGCUGCUGUACGCGGCGUGUAUCCUGCAGGUGGAGCUGAUCGCUCGGGCCUGCUGUGAAUACAUGAAAACUGCGCUGUCAGCAGCCUCCAUGAGCACAAAACGGAGGGGGAUUGCGCUGGCUGCUCUCGGCGGACCCAUCUACGCUAUCGGUGGUCUGGAUGAUAACUCCUGCUUCAGUGAUGUGGAGCGCUAUGACAUCGAGUCGGACCGCUGGAGCGCCGUGGCUCCUAUGAACACACCCAGAGGAGGCGUGGGAUCUGUGGCGCUCGGGGGCUAUGUGUACGCGGUCGGGGGGAAUGACGGCGUUGCAUCGCUGUCCAGCGUGGAGCGCUUCGACCCUCAUCUGAACAAAUGGACAGAUGUGCGAGAGAUGGGGCAGCGGCGCGCUGGAAACGGUGUCAGCGAACUCAACGGAUGCCUCUACGUUGUUGGCGGGUUUGAUGAUAAUUCUCCGCUGAGCUCAGUGGAGCGCUUCGACCCCAGAACCAAUCACUGGGAGUAUGUGGCGGAGUUGACCACGCCCAGGGGCGGAGUCGGAGUUGCCACGGUGAUGGGGCGUGUCUUUGCAGUGGGGGGGCACAAUGGAAACAUCUACCUGAAUACGGUGGAGGCCUUCGAGCCCCGGAUGAACAGAUGGGAGCUUGUGGGCUCUGUGUCUCACUGUCGGGCCGGGGCCGGAGUCGCCGUCUGUUCCUCUCACAUCAGUCAGAUUCGAGAUGUCGGCCAGGGCUCCAGUAACGUCGCUGACUGUAUGUAGCCACUUUGUCAUAGUUUGACACACUUCAACACUAACGCUUCAGCCUAAAUACACUCCGAACACCUGCAUUCAGCCGUGAUGUGGCUCUGGAUCAGGAGUCUGUUGUGUUUAUUGAAUCAACUCUUUUGUGUACUACAUGUCAAAAGAAGUUUAUGUUUUUGCUCUAAUUUUGUUAGUGGAAAGUGUUUUUUCUAGCUGUGAGAUCACAUGAUCACUGUGUCUGAUGUUUGUACUGAUUUCUGCUGCCUGAACUGCUGAAAGUAAUUUCUCUCUUAGAUAAUAAGAAAUCUUCAGUAAACUAGACUAGUGCUCAGAAUUGAAGUUCUUUCCUCUGAAUAUCCAUGACAUGAGUUCAGUGAAGCGUUUCUGUAUUUGAAAGGCAGAAUGACAUCAGAUACUUAUAAAUGCACAAGGUUAAAAAUCACAAUUUUGUGACUUCAGGACACAAAGAAUGAUCAAAAGAGAUUGUUCUGUAGCCGGGUGUUUGUUUGCGUGCGUACAAUCACAGACGUGAUCAGGACAAAAUGAAAGAUUCAUGAGACUCGUUUCUAACGUGACGAAAUGAUAGUGAUUCUUCUGUUGUGAGCCACGUCUCAUGUAUGACUUCAGUAAGACAAUAAGAUAAUAAGAUCUGGUUCUAGGUUUAGAUUUGUGCUGAACAGUCUAGAGCGAAGAUGUGUGAUCAAGGAUUGUGCUUCUGCUCUGCUUUUCACUGCCAAACAUGAACAGCAAGCCAAGAGAAGCUCAGAGAUGCUUUUAUAUGUUGCUUUUGGCUAUUACAAAUGUAAUGCUUUUCUGGCUUGAUUUUAUUGCAUUCGCUGUUUUACAUGAUUUAGAUAAAAAAUGAAAAAUAUGAUUGCAUUUUGAAACAGAUCUGUUAUACUACGAGAGAAUACAUUGAGAUUUUUUUUUGUUUUCUUUUUCCAGUGUGACUUGAGUCUUAUUUGAAAAUGACUUUGAAAUCUGAAUAUGAAAUAUUUAUUUUAUGUAAUGCAUCUUUUUUCUUAGAUUUGGAAAACAGUCCAUAUUGUUGCUUUUAUUCAGCAAUUAUUGUUUGGACUCCAGUGACCUAAGAUUAUAUUUGAGAACUGCUGUUGAAAUGUUGAUAUUGUUGAAAUGUGUUUUACAUUAUUCUGGUGUCACAGAUGUUAACGUUGCAUUCAGUGAUGUGAAACAACAAUAAAUAUAUUCAUAGAGCGAUUUAUUUAA